AUGGGCACACUCGUCGUAGCUGCCCUCGCUGUUCUUUCUGCUGCAAUUUUCCUGUUGGCGAAGCGCAGGGGGCGUUCCGCGACGCUGCCGCUUCCACCAGGACCCCGUCCUCUGCCUUUCAUAGGAAAUGCAUUGGACAUGCCCACCGGGGACAUUCCUGGCGGGCUACACGCCUUAUGUGAACAGUACGGAGACAUCGUCUACCUCAACGUGCUCGGCCAACACAUGGUCGUCCUGGGCACGCACGAAGCCGCGGUCGACCUCCUCGAAAAGCGCUCCGCCAACUACUCCGACCGCCCUUUGUCACCGAUGACCGAGAUCUCCGGCUUCUCGUGGGGACUCACCUCCCUCCCGUACGGGCCGUGGUGGCGGCGCUACCGGCGAGCGAUGCACCAGCACUUCAACCUGAACGCCGUUGAGAGGUACGCCGGGUGGCAGGAGGUCGAGGCGCACCGUCUCGUGCGGCGUCUCAUCGACUCCCCCGAGCACUUUGUGUCCCACAUCCGCCACUUCUUUGGAUCGAUGGUUCUGCGCGUCACGCACGGGCUUGAGGUGGACGAAGAAGAGGAAGACUUUCUCAAGGUGGCAGACGAGGCGCUCGAGGUCUUCGCGGUCGUGCUGGAGCCGGGAAGGUAUCUGGUGGAGGUGCUCCCGGCGCUCGCGUAUCUCCCGUCAUGGAUGCCCGGGGCGGGGUUCAAGCGUCAUGCCGCGUCGUGGAGGAGGAGUGCGCGGAGGUUGUUCGAAGUUCCGUGGAACGCAGCGAUGGACGCGAUAAACAGAGGUACCGCACUCCCAUCUAUGGCAGCGCACAUCAUGGAGCGCGCAAAGUCAUUGCCCGCCGAGGAAGCUGUUCAGGAAGAGGAGGUAGGAAAGUAUGCAACAGCGUCGGCCUAUGGUGGUGGCGCCGAUACCACCCUGUCUACUGUCCAGACUUUCUUCGUGGCCAUGCUUCUCUACCCGGAAAUCCAGAAGAAGGCGCAGGAAGAACUCAUGAGAGUGGUUGGCCCGAACCGCCUCCCUGAGAAGAAAGACCUCGCCGAUCUCCCGUACACCCAAGCGCUCGCCAAGGAGUGCCUCAGAUGGCGCACCGUCGCCCCGCUCGCCGUUCCGCACCGCUCGUUGGAGGACGACGAGUACAAGGGGUAUUUGAUCCCGAAGGGCACUACCAUACUCGCGAAUAUCUGGGCGUUCUCCCACGACGAGAGGUACUUUUCUGACCCCGAUGUCUUCAAGCCAGAGCGGCAUCUCAGAGACGGUCAUCUGGACCCAGACGUGAUGGAUCCUGCGACGAUCGUGUUUGGCUACGGACGACGCGUCUGUCCUGGGCAGCAUUUCGCGCAGACCUCCCUACUCAUCGCCAUUGCGACCGUGCUUCAUACACUAGACAUUACGCCCCCCGAUGGACCUGACGGAAUGCCAAUCUUACCAUCGGGGAAGAUGACCCGCGGACUCCUUUCGUACCCAGAGCCGUUCCAGUGCAAGUUCGCAUCGCGCUCCACCGAACGCGAAGCGCUUCUCCGGGCAGGCUGUGAGGGGUUUGAGAUGGGCUCCUUAAGCGCGAAUCUCUCUUCGUCGUGA